CUCUUAUACGGCGCUCUCAGUCUUCUCUCCACCGGAGCAAAACGUCAUCAGUCGUCAGAAGUUUUCCCUUAGGGUUUUAAAGCAUCUCCGGCGCUGGUUGGUUUUGAAUUUGAAUAAGAAAAGCCGAAGCCAAAAUGGGAGGCGGCGGCGACUGGCAGCAGCUGCUCCAAUCGGUCUUCCUCGGCCUCAUUUUCUCCUACCUACUCGCCAAGCUCAUCUCCGUAGUCGUCUCCUUCAAGGACGACAAUCUCACCAUCACCCCCGCCCGGCCCGACCCGCCCGAGCCCGUUCCCGACCCGGCCCGCUCCGCCGACUCGGUUUCCCUUCUCCACGAGGCCGGUUCGGUCUCCGCCGAGCACGGCAGCGUCAGGAGCGAGAGCGGGAGCGAGGAGGACGAUGACUGGGAAGGCGUGGAGAGCACGGAACUCGACGAGCUCUUCAGCGCCGCGACGGCUUUUGUGGCGGCGGCCGCGGCGGAGAGGACGAAGGUUUCGGCGGAGAAGCAGCUGCAGCUCUACGGGCUGUACAAGAUCGCCACCGAGGGGCCGUGUAGCGCGCCGCAGCCUUCGGCGCUGAAAAUGACGGCUCGCGCCAAGUGGCAAGCAUGGCAGAAGCUGGGUGCUAUGCCUCCUGAGGAUGCCAUGGAGAAGUACCUUGAUAUUGUUUCGGAGCUCUAUCCUACUUGGAUUGAUGGUUUGACUCUGAGCAAAGGUGGAGAUGGUGGCUCAGUUGGUAAUGAUUCAAAAGGACCGAUGGGACCGGUGUUCAGCACUUUUGUUUAUGAGGAGGGAUCUGAAACUGAUUUCAAAAUGGAUGCUAUUCAUGCAUUUGCUAGAGAAGGAGAAGUGGAUAACCUGCUUAAAUGCAUUGAUAGUGGUGUUUCAGUAGAUGCAAAGGAUAGUGAAGGAAGGACCCCAUUGCAUUGGGCUGUUGAUCGUGGCCACUUACACAUGGCAGAGAUGCUUGUUAAAAGGAAUGCUGAUAUUAAUGCAAAAGACAAUGAGGGCCAAACUGCAUUGCAUUAUGCUGCUGUGUGUGAGAGAGAAGGCAUCGCCGAAUAUCUUGUGAAGGAAAAUGCAGACACAAAUGUGAAAGACAACGAUGGCAAUUCACCAUCUGAUCUUUGUGAGUCGAAUUGGUCGUGGCUGCAGUGUUCAAAGGAGUAAAGGUACUGACUGAGGGUGUACGUUUUAUCCUGCCCUAGUCAUUUAUCAAUUAGUCCUUGUGGAUGGCUGUAUGUGGUGAUGUAUAACCCUUACUAAGUGUAUCUGGAAAAAUAUUAAAAAGUAGAGCAAUAUGUGCAUGUAGUUUUACACAUUUUCCUUGUGUAGUCUUGUUUUUUAUUUCCCCUUCCCGGUAUUUUGGAGAUGACAAAAAAGCUAAAAUCUGUGGGCUAACUGUUACAGUUUUGCAACAUAUGCAUUUCAAUCCCCAUGUUUUUAUGUGAAGUAUGCCAAUGCCUUCACUUUUUUGGCCAUCGCUUUGGCAAAUCUAGUUUCUU